AUUUCUAAAAAACUGAUAACGAUUAACCCGCGUGGUUGAUAUGUAAAGUAGCAUUUGAAAUCAAAAUGUUUAAGCUUUGAACAAUUUAAUUAUUUUCAAUUUUGGUUAUUUCACUUUUGUCAGCAGCAAAAUUAUUUUAUUAUUACUAACAACCCUACUUUUCUUCUCCUGCCGACGUCAUUUUCUUUCAAACAUCAUCGAUGGAGCAAGCCGGAUUUUCGGUAGUCACGGACAGACACAAUGACAUACCACCGGCAAAUGGACCCAGACUCGGGACGCUAAAACACUCAAACUCUCAAAUUGUCACUCCGGCUUUCAUGUUUUACACUAAACGUGGAAGUGUGCCAUAUAUAUCAAGAGAAGUAUUUGAAAAAAUUGUGCCUGAUGAUCAGGUAUUGUUUAAUUUUCCAUUGCCGACAUGUCUAAGUUUUCAUCAACCACUGAAAGAAUUUAAACGUGGUCUCAACGCGUUUGUUGGUCUUGAGAAGUAUUUGUCAUGCUGCUCAAUAACUGACUGUGUGGUAGACAACCCACAAGGUUACAAUAAAAAAGAAAGUGUUGCUAUUAAAACCAAAAGUGGAAAUCAAUUAAUUAAUUACGAAAAGUAUAUGGAUAUCAUGGAAGUAUUCAAACCCACUAUGUAUGUUACCCUAAGCAUUUCAGAUAUUAAUUUGGAUAGUUCACUUUCAGCAAUUGAAAAGUCAGUUAACGUUUCAAAUAGACUUUUUAAAAGUUGCUUGGAACAGCAUCAUCAAUCAGAAAUAUUAAAACAAAGUUGUGUGAUUGCUCCAAUCCAAGGUGGUUAUAAUGUACAAGAAAGAAUUCGAUCUGCAACAUUUUUAUCAGAAUAUCAUGAUGAUGUAUUAGGAUUUUUAUUUGAUGGAUUUUUUACUGAUGGAAGUAUUGUUGAAGAAAUUCCUAGUGAUCUUAUUCUACCUAUUGUCAAUAAAACAAUGGAAUGUCUCCCAUAUGAUAAAAUGAAAAUCAUAUUCGGUGCCUGGACUCCUAGUUUAAUAAUCGAUUUUAUAAAUAGUGGGGUGGAUAUGUUUGAUUCAUCCUUCCCAUACAUUACAACUGAACGUAAUUCGGCUUUAAUAUUUGAUUACAGUUUAAAAUAUAAAAAUGACAGUAUUAUCAUGGACAUUCUUCAUUGUAAAACAGAUGAAAAUGUCAACAAUUCAAAUGAUUAUGAAAUAUGUUUAACAGAUACAUGUCAUUUUGAGAAAUUUGUACCAAUAAAAGAUUCAUGUACGUGUUUGACCUGUAAAAAACAUACUCGAUCUUAUAUUCACCAUCUACUAGUCUCAAAUGAACUUCUAGGUUCUACAUUAUUAACCAUACAUAAUCUACAUUACUUCAAUCAAUUUUUCAAGGACAUUCGUGAAAUAUUGAUGAAAAAAUAAAUAAAAAUUUUA